AUUCGCGGCGUUUGUGGUGACAACACCUCGAAACGAAACUCCAUCAUCAUGGGCCGAAGCCAGGAACGCCGUGACGACCGAGGCUAUGACCGAAGCAGAGGGCCGAGCGACAGAGACUCUAGCGAUCGAUAUCGCAGUGAACGACCUCGUGACGAUCGGUCCUCUGAUCGUAGUCGAGAUGAUCGAGACCAACGACCCAGCGAUCGCGACAGGAGUGGCCGUGGCAGCGAUCGGUUUAGUGACCGUCCAAGUGACCGAGACGCACCCAGUGACCGUGGUGGACGAAGUUAUGCCGAACGCGACGAUCGUGGCCGUGAUCGACGUGACGAUCGUGGUGGCAGGGGCGGUGGCCAUGACAGCGGCAGGGAUCGUGACGUCGGAGCCAGUCGCGAGUCGUAUUCUCGAGACAGCGGCAGCCACUACGGGGACAACGGUGGAGGCGGUUCGUCCUACGAUGCGUACCCGCCGCCCGAGCCCGCUGGACCAUGGGACCCGAAGGCUGAAGCGGAGAAAGAUGAGUCGUGGGCCCGCAUAUACGUUAGCAACUUGCCCAACGACGUCACGACAGACGAGCUCCAGAGCAUUUUCGGUGGCAUUGGGGUCAUUGCCAAGGAGAAGCAAAAGCGUGGGUACAAGGAUCAAUGGCCUUGGAAAAUCAAAAUCUACACAAACGAUGACGGCACCCUCAAAGGCGACGCCGUGAUCACAUUCGAAGAUGCGAAUGCGGCGCGGACGGCGCCAGGCUUCUUCAACGGCUCGGAUAUCCGAGGGAACACCAUCACAGUCGAGCUGGCAGGAAAGCCGGAACCUCCUGCGGGCGGGUGGGUCGGUGGCCCCGGGGGGCGCGGAGGUCGAGGAGGCGGUGGCCGUGGCGGCGGGGGGCGCUUUGGGGGCGGAGGCCGCGGUGGCGGAGACAGCCGCUACCGUCCCUAUUAGAUUCCAGCUUACUGUAACGAGAAAACGAAUAAGGGUCUCUUGAUGA